AUGCAUCUCAAGACCCCUGAGCAUCAGGUUGCAGGACACAUUGCUAAAGACGGGAAGCCAGGUCCACUGGUGGAUGAUAAGGGCCGGUUCUUCAAGCCGCUACAGGGAGAGUCUCGUGGUGACAACGAGGUAAAGUUCUACGAAUCUUUCUCCUCAAACACAGAGGUACCAGAUCACAUCCGUAGAUAUUUUCCAGUGUAUCACGGCACUCAAGCUGUUGAAGGCUCCGAUGGUGCAUCCAUGAUCGUGCUUGAAAAUCUUCUUUUCAAGUACUCAAAGCCAUCGGUAAUGGAUGUUAAGAUGGGUUCAAGAACAUGGUACCCUGAAGCAUCCGAAGAAUACAUCCAGAAAUGCUUGAGGAAAGACGCGGCUAGCACCACAGUGUCGUCGGGUUUCAGGAUCUCUGGCUUCGAGGUGUAUGAUCACAAGGAGCUGAGUUUCUGGAAGCCUGACAGGAAGCUUCUUAACGGGAUUAAAGUCGACGGCGUGAGGUUGGCUCUGAGGAAGUUUGUAUCGUCUAACACGCUUUCUGAGACCAGCUCGAAGUCGGACUCUGCUUUUGCGUCCAGCGUUUACGGCGGUUCCAACGGGAUCUUAGCACAGCUGUUGGAGCUCAAGACCUGGUUUGAGAGCCAGACGUUCUACCAUUUCAACUCUUGUUCGAUUCUUAUGGUGUAUGAGAACGAUUCCAUCUUAGAGGGAAACGUUGAUGAUGCUCGGCCACAAGUGAAGCUGGUGGAUUUCGCUCAUGUUCUUGAUAGUGAUGGUAAUGGCGUCAUUGACCAUAACUUCUUGGGUGGACUCUGUUCUUUCAUAAACUUCAUUCGUGAUAUUCUUCAGAGCCAAGAUGAGUCUUCUGCAGAAAACUUACACUCUUCACCUUGA